GGUCAUUUUGUAGAUAUAGUAAAUCUCUGUCUCCCUCUUUCUUGCCUGUUUCUUCAUUUCCCUUCCCCUUACUGCCCUUUUUUUCCUUCAUCUUGUCAUUACAUAAAAUAAUAAUUUUCCGGCGAAAGCUGACGGAAUUUCAAGAAACCUCCGCCGGAAUUUCAAGAUUCAAUCUUUAUGGGAUUUCAAGGAUUCAAGUGAGGAAACAAGGAGAUGGGGUUGCUUAUCUGCAGAUCUAUUCAUCUGGGUAAACUAGCUUAUUCAGAUAAGUAUAGUUGUGCAUGAAUUGUUGAUGAUUUAUGUGAUAAAGUUUUGAUUUUUAUUGCUUUUUGUUCAAUGGGAGAUAGUAAUGAGACUAAGAAAACUAGUAAAGAGAUGGAGAAUUUGAGUCUUGACAACACAGCUCCUAGAGAUUUCUUGCAGAGAUUUAGUGGUGUUUCUAAUGAAAGCGAAAAAAAGAUUGAUUCAAGUAGUGAUGCUAUAGAGUUGAAUCUUGGUUUAUCACUGGGUGGAAGAUUUGGUGUUGAUAGAAGUACUAGUAGUACUAAUUCAAACAGACUUGUGAGAUCCUCUUCUGUAGCUGGAGUAAUUCCUUUAGUUAGAGAUGAACCUGAGGUUUUGACACCUCCUGCAACUGCUCCAGCUCCUUAUUCAGGGCUAGUUAGGACCUCUUCGCUUCCGGUUGAGACGGAGGAGCAGUGGAGGAAGAGGAAGGAGAUGCAGAGUUUGAGAAGGAUGGAAGCGAAGAGAAGGCGGUCUGAGAAGCAGAGGGGAAGAGGAGGUGAGGAGGACAGGAGAGGUGGUCAAAGGCAAUUGUAUGUGGAGGCUAUGAGUAAGGUGGGAUCAUCCGCGGCGCCGCAGUUUGGGUUGCCUUCUUGGGCUGUUGCUGCUAAACAGACUAUUCUUGGUGGGGGAAUUGAGGGUGUAAUUGCAAGAGGGAGGGGGAAUUCUGGCGGUAGUGGACAGGAGUUGGCUCGAGGAGGUUCUUCGAGUGUGUCGGAUAUGGAGAGUAGCAAAGCACCUCAAGGGGCUUCUAGUUGUGGGGAUAUUAGUCCAGCUAGCAUUCAGUCAGCCCGAAGAUCUCAAGAUUCAGAAGGUUCUCUGGGAAAAAAGGAGGGAGAAAAUGCUGGUAGACCUCCAAGGGCUGAGCUUGAAAAUCCUAAUAAGAGAAUGAAUGCAGCGAGCAGCGGAACAAAGGAUAGCGGAAUGAACUCAUUGGAGGACAUGCCAUGUGUGUUCACAAAAGGUGACGGUCCUAAUGGGAGAAGAAUAGAAGGAAUUCUGUACAAGUAUGGAAAUGGAGAAGAAGUGAGGAUAAUGUGUGUGUGUCAUGGUGAUUUUUAUUCUCCUGCCGGAUUUGUCAAGCAUGCAGGUGGAACUGAUAUCGCACAUCCACUCAAGCAUAUAGUUGUAAAUCCCGGUUCUUCCUAGGGCAUUUGAAAACAGGACAGGAUUGAUGUAUUCAUCUCCAGUCCUUGCAUGUAACUAUGAGUGUUUUAUUUCCAUUUGGAGGCUAAAUGUUCAGUAAGAUUUUUUUAAAGUACCAUUUCAUAAGAGAAGAAAGCAUGCUGUUGGCAUGGAAUUUUUAGACA